UGUUAAUUAAUGUUCAGUCUUUCACCAAACAAACAGAAAUAAUACCUUAGCUCUAUAAAUUAAUUUGAAUAACCAUUAGAUGACAUGAGUUGUAUAAUCGAAAAUGGUAGUGUAGGAUCUCUCUAUUUAGGCAAUAUCGAAUCAGCAUGUAUAUAAUUUAACUUAUUCAUUUAAAGCAAGUUUAGAAAAUCUGAAGAGACACAAAAUAAAAGGAGUUCUAUCCAUCUGUAUGAAUAAGAUCCCUUUUGAAGUGCAAACAUCCUUAUAAAAUUAUUUACACAUUUAUUUGGAAGAUUGUGAGUCUGAGAAUAUAGCCAAACAUUUUGAGAACUCCAAUUAAUUUAUAGAAAAAGCUAGAUAGUCUGGAAAUGUCUUAGUUCAUUGUAUGGCUGGUAUUUCUAGAUCAGCUACUCUUGUUGCAGCUUAUCUAAUGAAGAAAAACAAUAUGAGUGCUUAAGAUGCAAUUAGAUUACUUGAAAGAAAAAGAUGGUAAGUUUAUCCAAACAAUGGUUUUCUUAGAUAAUUACAAUAAUAUGAAAAAUUAUUAUUAUAAUAAAAUGGAAGAUCAGAUAUCUCUUCACCACUAAGAGAUUAAUGGUCAAAGUAAAUCAUUUUUAUUAUAUUUAGUAAAUUUUUAACUCCAACUAAAGAUAAUUUAUUUAAUAAUAAAUAUCAAGAGCAACAAUAAUCAAGUCAAAAAACAAGGCCAUUAGAUGAAAUUUGUUUUGAUAAUUAUAAAAGAAAAUCUGUUGGUCAUGAUGAUUUGUAUAGAAGUCCAGAACCAAAUGAAAAAAAACCAUUUUCAUUAACUUAACAUAGACCUAAUUCAGCAAAUAAAACCUCUCCUGAUUUGAUGAAAAAAAAGAAUUUUUUAACUGAUGCUAGUAAUCUUAAUUUAUAUUAAUUAGUUAAUGGUAAUAAAAAAGAUGGUUUAGCUGCACUUGCUUUGGAAUUAAAUUAAAUAGAUUGGUAAAGUAAAAAAUUAGAUUUUGAAAGCAAAUAUUCAAAACCAUCAACUAUUUAAUAAAAUAGUGGAAAGUCUUUCUUGACUCCAACUCGUCCCUUAUAAUUAAAUCAACAUUAAAGCAAAUUGGAUGAAUUACUAAAUUCUUUCAAUAGAAAAUCAAUACUAUGA